CAGGCUACCGCCGAGCAUAAAAAUAAGAACGCGACCCAUUCAAGUUAUCGUAUGUCCGAAGAUCGAAGAUGUUCACAUUAGGUCUCUGUUCAUGUUUUUGUACGCUGGCUUUGGCGAGUUGGGCCUUUGCCAGAUCCUGGCGCUUGCCUCUUCCCCCAGGUCCACAAGGAAAGUUUUGGUUUGGAAACGAGGAGAUAUUGCCUUGGGAGCAUCCAUGGAAAGAGUUUGUUAACUGGUCCAAAAUAUUUGGGCCAUUAAUAUAUCUUUAUGCUUCUGGUCGGGACAUCCUCAUCGUCAACACCUGAGGCUCCCACGUUGUCAGGCCUGUUAGACGUACCACUGUGUCGGUGUGGUCGGUCUAAGUCGAGGCGCUUUGAGUGAUUCCCUGCCAGUACGAAUAAUUGUGAAUAUUUAUGGCCCUUUAAGCUUACCUGGCGACUA